AUACAUGUCUAUAUAUAUACAUAAUAGCUGUGUUUCAUUAUUGGUCUUCAAAGAAAAAGAAAAUCUGUGUUUCAUUAUUGAAUCAGCACCUCCCAAAACAGCAUGUAAGUUAUAUUGAGUGUAUAUUCCCCUGAAGAUAUAUUACUUGCUCUCGAAACCAACCAGCAGCUGCUUACUGCUUAGUACUACUUCAUCCACUGCCAAUCAUGUUCAACACAAAGCAAGCCUGCACUAGCUUGAAUAAAAAACUGACGAAACUGAGCGCGGGGGCAGAAUCAGAAUGCACAAUCUACAGAGUUCAUAAACAUUUACGGAACGUGAACCCCAAUGCUUACGAGCCCGAGGUGAUCGCUAUUGGCCCUUAUCACCGCAACAAGGAUCAUCUAAAAAUGAUGGAAGAUCACAAGCUACGUUACUUCCAGCACCUCAUCAGAAGGAAACCUUCCAACAAUGUGGAAAGCUACGCAGCAUGUGUGGGCAGAUUGGAAGCGGAAGUAAGAAAAUGUUACGCAGAUGAGCCUACAAGCCUGAGCCCAAGCGACUUCAUACAAAUGCUUGUACUAGAUGGAUGCUUCAUCCUUGAGUUAUUACUGAAGCGCGACAUGGUGUCCCUGAGGGAGAAGAAUGAUCCCAUCUUCCAAAUGGACUGGAUUGUGACUAGCCUGCAGCGGGAUUUAAUGCUCUUCGAGAAUCAACUCCCACUCUUCGUCUUGUGCGAGCUGUUCGACCUGAUUGAGGCUCCCUGCCAGCAUAGUAGGUUGCUGGACCUUCUCGGGCUAUUCUUCCACGGUCUGUAUCCUGGGGAAGGCUACAGAGGAGAAGUGAGCGUACCUCCUCGUGACGUGAAGCAUUUGCUUCACUUCAUCCAUCGUAGUUGGUUUCCCCGCGGCACGGUCACGGGCGGGAGGAAGGAACAGGAUGAGGGGUUGCAGUUCAUCAAAAGCGCGACAAAGCUUAAAGAGGCUAAUGUCAGGUUCAAGAUAUCCGAGCCAGAAGCUGCGUUGUUCGACGUGAGGUUCGAAAACGGGGUGAUGAUCAUGUCGCCUCUGAGGGUCGAUGACGGGACCGAGUCGUUCCUCCGGAAUCUCAUCGCGUACGAGCACUACUUUGGGCACGAUGAGGGCAAAUUCGUGACGGAUUAUGUCUCGUUCCUGGACUACCUUGUUGAUUCCUCCAAGGAUGUGGAGAUACUGUCGCGCAAGGGAAUCGUGAGGAACUUGUUGGGCGAUGAGGAAGCCGUGGCGAAGAUGGUGAACAAGCUGGCUGAUUCGAUUGUUGUGCCUAACACAAGCUAUGCGGAGAUGUUUGAGAAUGUGGAAAAGCAUUGCAGGAAAAGAAGGAAUAGGUGGAUGGCCACGUUGAGGCGUAAUUAUUUAAGUAGUCCUUGGGUUAUUAUAUCUCUACUUGUUGGUGCAGUGCUGCUUCUGCUCUCUCUAUAUAUAUAUAUAUAUAUAUAUAUAUAUAUAUAGGAAUUGGUUCAAUUGAGAUUUAUAUAUAUUUUGAGAUUUUGAGAUAAAUGAACAUAUAAGUACAUUUUGAUGAACUUGUCAAUUAAUUUUUAUGAACGCGCGUUGGUCUGGGGUUCAAUCCCUACAAGUGGCAUGUUUUUUAAAUAAAUUAAAUAGAUUCAUAUGUUCAUCAGUUAUAUUGGUUAUGUUCAAAGAAUUUAUUGAUAUGUUCAUUUAUCUCAAAAUCUCAAAAUAUUUAAAAUCUCAAUAUAAGCUAACCCUAUAUAUAUAUAUAUAUAUAUAUA